AUGCAAGAAGGGCCUGAAAAAGCUGCAGGCCAACAACACGAAGGCCAUGAGUUGCAUGCUGAUGCCAUCAAGGUCCUCGUAAAGCCCAAGGUGAUCAAGCUCAAGAUCUCAAGGGUCGACAGCUGCAAGCUCAAUCAACUUGCCCACAUUGAACAGCCCAAGCUUGGGAAGCAUGCUGGUGCCUGCAUCGCCAAGGGUCCCAGCCUCUCUUGGCCACAGUCCAAAGUCAAGGCUCAAACCAAGACCCAGGCUGCAGCUGUGGUUAUGGCUCUGGCUCUGGCUGCAGCUCCAACUCCAGCUCCAGGUCAGGCUUAG